AUGAAGCGAACAGAAAGUCGCUUGAUGGAGGAGAAAGACACUCUGUUUUCUACAGUAGACACUGAUAAAACACCAAGAGUAGACUGCCUUACUCAUCAAUUGAAAAGUGGUCCCCAUUGCCAAAGACUUCACGGAAGAGACUUAAAAAGUCCCUCUUCGGAUGCUUGUUCACUCUCCAGCUUGAAGCGAUCAGAUAAAACACCCAAUAAAAGACCAAGAGUAGACUGCUUUACUUAUCAAGUGAAACGCAGUCCCCAUUGCCAAAGACUUUACGGAAGAGACUUGAAAUGCUCCUCUUCGGAUGCUUGUUCACUUUCCAGCUUGAAGCGAUCAGAGGGUCGCUUGAUGGAGCAGAAAGACACUCUAUUUUCUACAGUGGACACUGAUAAAACACCAAGAGUAGACUGCCUUACUCAUCAAGUGAAAUGCAGUCCCCAUUGCCAAAGAUUUUACGGAAGAGACUUGAAAAGUCCCUCUUCGGAUGCUUGUUCACAAUCCAGCAUGAAGCGAUCAGAGGGUCGCUUGAUGGAGCAGAAAGACACUCUGUUUUCUACAGUGGACACUGAUGAAACACCUGGUAAAAAACAAAGAGUAGACUGCUUUACACAUCAAGUGAAACGCGGUCCCCAUUGCCAAAGACUUUAUGGAAAAGACUUGAAAUGCCCCUCUUCGGAUGCUUGUCCGCUCUCCAGCUUGAAGCGAUCAGAGGGUCGCUUGAUGGAGCAGAAAGACACUCUGUUUUCUACAGUGGACACUGAUGAAACAUCUGGUAAAAAACAAAGAGUAGACUGCUUUACACAUCAAGUGAAACGCGGUCCCCAUUGCCAAAGACUUUAUGGAAAAGACUUGAAAUGCCCCUCUUCGGAUGCUUGUCCGCUCUCCAGCUUGAAGCGAUCAGAGGGUCGCUUGAUGGAGCAGAAAGACACUCUGUUUUCUACAGUGGACACUGAUGAAACAUCUGGUAAAAAACAAAGAGUAGACUGCCUUACACAUCAAGUGAAACGCGGUCCCCAUUGCCAAAAACUUUAUGGAAAAGACUUGAAAUGCCCCUCUUCGGAUGCUUGUUCACUCUCCAGCUUGAAGCGAUCAGUGGGUCGCUUGAUGGAGCAGAAAAACACACUGUUUUCUACAGUGGACACUGAUGAAACACCUGGUAAAAGACAAAGAGUAGACUGCUUUACUCAUCAAGUGAAAAGUGGUCUCUACAAUGCUACCAGCUUACAUGGAAUCCCAAGUGAAUUCAAAACAACACAGUUUGUUCCAAAACAACCUAGAGUUGUUAAAACAAGUCAACCUGUCUAUUCAGUGAUCAAUGAGAAGAGUUGUUCACAGGGAAAGAUUUCCGAUAGAGAGAAGACCAUUGGAGUCAUACUAGAAAAUGAGAGUAGGACAGGACACUGGCUAGAACUGGAUUUGUCUGAAAAAUUGUCACCCCCACUUCACCUGACUGAUGGAAGCAAAGGUGCACUUAGGAGAAAAUUACCAAUACUUGAGAGAAAAGAAAAACUUUGCUCAGGAAAAUUAAGAGAUAAAAGGAUGGAUGAUGAUCUUGACUUUACGGCAGACCUGGAAAAGGAAAUCAGUAAUGCACUAGGUCCUGGUCCUCGGGAUCAGAUCCUAAGUUGUGCUUUCAAUCAGAGUAUCACUCGAGGAGAUAUCCAGACCUUGAAGAAUGGCCAUUGGCUCAAUGAUGGAGUCAUCAAUUUUUAUAUGAAUCUGCUAGUGGAAAGAAACAAAAAACAAGACUAUCCAGCACUUCAUGCUUUCAGUACUUUUUUCUACCCCAAAUUAAAGUCUGGUGGUUACCAAGCAGUGAAGAAAUGGACCAAAGAAGUCAAUCUCUUUGAUCAGGAAAUAAUCUUGGUGCCUAUUCAUCAAAAGGCACAUUGGAGCCUAGUGGUGAUAGACUUGAGGAAAAAGUGUCUUAAAUAUCUGGAUUCAAUGGGACAAAAGGGCCACAAGGUCUGUGAGAUUCUCCUUCAGUAUUUACAGAAUGAAAGUAAGACCAAAAGGAAUACUGAUCUGAAUCUUCUGGAGUGGACACACUUUAGCAUGAAACCACAUGAGAUUCCCCAACAGUGGAAUGGAAAUGACUGUGGAGUAUUUACUUGUAAAUUUGCAGAUUAUAUCUCUAGGGACAAACCAAUCACAUUCACUCAGCACCAGAUGCCUCUCUUCCGGAAGAAAAUGGUACUGGAAAUCCUUCACCAACAGUUGCUGUGAGAAU